UGCUUGUUGGUUACAUUGUAUCGCUCCCCUCAGCAUUGAACGAUCCAAACAGCCAUCAAGAUAUUAGAGAUUUCAACGAAAUCAAAUCCAGGAAUUAAACUGGUGAGGAAACUGCCAGAAUAUUGGAUUUUUACAAUUUGGACUAAAGAAAGGAUAUGCUUUAUUUUCAACCAGGGCUUUAAACUGAUUUUCAACGGGAUCUCAACGUGUGAUGGCAGCAGUCCAGUGAAUUAGCCGUUCCCUUCCCCUGGCGUUGGAUUUCUUGGGAGCACGUUGAUUGAUUUGUCUGUGUAUAUUUGCACAUUGGGGGGGGAGGUGGGGUGGGUCAUCAAAGUGUUUUUUACCUUUACUAUCAGGAUCUAUGGAGUGUACAUAAACAUUCGCUGGAUUGGGUUUGUCCAAAGGCUGUUCCAGUGCAAGCCAGCCAAAUGGAACUGUGCUCUACCCCAUUCCUGCAGCAACAGCUGGUGUGCGUGGAUGCGCCCUAGUUAUUAAAGAGCAAACAAUGUGGGUUACUGGGAAGGGGAUACGGAGAAGACCCUAAAGCUGCUGAAACCCUUCUCCCACUGCCUCCAGCGGUCUGAGAAGAUCAGACUUAACUGUGGCGCGCCUGGGCCGCUGGCACUAAGAUGUCCCUAAGCAGUGGCACUGCAGGAGGGAAAGGUGUGGACUCGAAUGCGGGGGACACUUACGACAGCGGCGACGAAUGGGAUAUAGGUGUUGGCAAUCUGAUCAUUGACCUUGACGCAGACCUAGAAAAGGACAAACUUGAGAUGUCUGGCACUAAAGACGGUGGGGGCAUGGCUGCCCCUCCCAGCGCUGUAGCAGCUCUACCCGACAACGUUACAUUUGUUAGCCCCGUAUCCGCUGCUCAAGGCAAAGAGAGUAAACCCAAAUCAAAGCGUAGUAAGAGCUCAAAGGACAGUGGCAAGGCCUCGGUUACAGACGGGGCCAAGAAAGACGCCCAGGUGCGAACCCAGGUUGAGGUCACAGGACCCGCCGUUGGCACAGGUCCCACGGCAAACUCAAACUCUGGAAAGGGUGCUGAGAAGAGCAGCAAAGUCUCCCGUAAUGUUUCUGGUGGAAAGAAGGACAAGGAGGUGGGCUCUGGGAAAAGUAAGAAGGAGAGAAGUGAAUCUGUGGCUACUAUUGAGAAGGAUGUAGCUGUCCUAGUGUUGCCUUUGGCAUGUCGCGGCGUUCCAUUUGAAGGUACGCAAAGUACAGACUUGGCUGUGGCUGAGCAACUUGGGAAUAUCGCCCUGGAUUCCACACGGAUCGUUGUCCCGCCGUUAGCCAUUAAAAGUGAGCCAGAGGAGAUGGACAACGGCGAAUGCAGAAACCUGAAGAAAAUGAAAAGUGAGAAGAUGGAGUCUCCGGUGUCCGUGCCCGCCACUCCACCGUUCCAUCUCAUGGCGCCGGUGGGCAACAGCAAUGACAGCAUCGCCUCACCCUGUGAGCAGAUCAUGGUGCGCACGCGCUCAGUGGCGUCCAACACGACGGACAUGGCCUUGGCCACGGAGCCCGAGUGCCUGGGGCCCUGCGAACCCGGGACCAGCGUCAACCUGGAGGGCAUCGUCUGGCAGGAGACAGAGGACGGCAUGCUGGUAGUUAACGUGACCUGGAGAAACAAGACCUAUGUCGGCACCCUCUUGGACUGCACCAGACACAACUGGGCCCCGCCAAGGUUCUGUGAGUCCCCCACCAGUGACUUGGAGAUGAGGAAUGGCCGGGGCCGGGGGAAGAGGAUGAGGCCUAACGGAAACACACCCGUCAACGAGAACAGCAACUCGUCGGACAACAAGGGCAGCGGCACCAGCAAGACGCGCGCCGCCAACAGCAGCAGCAAGAGCCGACGGGGCACGCCGCCCAACAGCAACACAGAAGACGUCAAAGCCAGCCCUUCAUCGGCUAACAAGCGCAAGAACAAGCCUGCCUCAGACAUGGAGCCCAACUCCAGCUCGGAGGACACCAAGGGCAGCAAACGCAUGCGCACCAACUCCAACAGCGGCCCUGGAGUAGUGCCCCAGCCGCCUCACACCGUCCUCCCUGGCAAACCCAGCAUAAAGAUGGAGCCACUGCCCCCACAGCAACUCGACCGCAACUGCCCUUCGCCAGUGCUCAUUGACUGCCCGCACCCCAACUGCAACAAGAAGUACAAGCACAUUAAUGGCCUCAAGUACCACCAGGCCCGUGCCCACAAUGAUGAUGACAUCAAGCUGGACAUGGACGGGGACAGUGAGUACGGGGAGGACUCUACGCUCCACCCUGAUCCGAGCAGCUGCAAUGGGGCCUCCAUCUCUCAAAAGGGCUGCUUGUCACCGGCUCGCUCAGUCACGCCCAAGGGUAGGGGCUUUGAGGCCCAGACUCCGUCACCCUCCUCGGGUAAGUUUGGCUCCAAGCAGGGUAAAAAGAAGCCCUGCGAGGUCGAUCUAGAGGCAGGGGGCAUGCCCAUGGAUGGCUGUGAGGACGGGCCCUGCCUAACGGACGAGGCCAGCAACGACGGCAUGGACGACAAGAAGGACAAAGCCAAGAAGACGGGUAGCGGCUCCAAGGCAGACAAGCUGGUCCAGAAGGGCAUGAAGUUAACGCGGCCCAUCGCCCCGACCAUACCACCUCAGCAGCUCUACUCCCUACAGACGGCAGGCGGCUUCCCUGCAGCCAGCCCUGGCUCCACCCCUGCCAUUAGUUCAGCAGUUCAGUCUAUCCCCAAGAGCCCACAGCUGAAAGCGAUCCAGCCCAAGCCCUCGGCCCUGGGAGACCCCUUGUCUGUGAACCCAGCGCUGAGCGGCUCCAAGGACAAGAAGAAGAAGGACAAGAAGAAGAAGGAGGCAGGAAAGGAGGGAGAUAGCCCCAAAGGGAAAGGGGGAAAGCCAGAGGAAGGCAAGAGCCCGUACUCUGAAUCUUCGGACCCGGGGAGCAAAGGCGACGGGCUGCUGAAUGGCUCAUCAGACCCCCACCAGAGCCGGCUGGCCAGCAUCAAGGCCGAGGCGGACAAGAUCUACAGCUUCACCGACAACGCUCCCAGUCCCUCCAUCGGUGUGGCCAGCAGGAUAGAGGCUGGAGGCAUGGCCCAGCCCCUCACCCCACUCCAUGUGGUCACACAGAACGGAGCCGACAACUCCUCGGUGAAGACCAACAGCCCGGCCUACUCUGACAUCUCAGACGCGGGCGAGGAUGGCGAGGGCCGGGUGGAGGGCGUCAAGGGAGUCAAGUCCGAGGAGCAGGCCACCCGAGAGGGGGCCAAGAAGUCCCUGUUCCCCACCCAAACAGCCAGCAAGGAGUCCCCCUACUAUCCCGGCUACGAAAAUUAUUACUCCCCAAACUACGCCAACCCUAACCCUAGCCCGGGGGUGUCGGCCACGGGGGGCACACAACAGGAGGGGGCCCAGGUCAAGGUGAAAAAAGAGGAGCAGGAGGAGCGUAAGGUCAAGCAGGAGCAGCAGGAGGAACGUAAGGUCAAGCAGGAGCAGCAGGAGGAGCGUAAGCCCGAGAUAGGUACCUCUGGACCGGGGCAACAGCAGCAGCAACAGGCCUCGGUCAUCCAGCAGCGCUCCAACAUGUAUAUGCAGCCUCUCUACUACAACCAGUAUGCCUACGUUCCCCCGUACGCCUACCACCCGGACCAGGCCUACCACAACCACCUGCUGAACACCAACCCGGCCUACCGGCAGCAGUACGAUGAGCGGCAGAGGCAGGUGGUAGCCGAGCAGCACCGCGCCGCCGAGAAGAAAUCAGACGCUGCUGGAAAGGAGCGAGAGCGAGAGGGCUCCUCAUCAGGGAAGGAGCGAGGUGAGGAAUGGAAGCAGAAGGCUUUGGUGCCCCCCACCCUGUCCAAGGCUCCCAGUGUCACAGACCUGGGCAAAGACGGGCCGCCCCAGGGCAAGCCGCCCAAAGAGCCCUCGUCCUCCUCGGAGCAGACCAAGUCAUCGGUCAUCAUGCCCAAGGGGGAGGAUGCCAAGGCGCCGGCCCAGCAGGCUGAAGGGCUGAAGAUGAAGCUGAGUGAAGGAGGGCACCAUGGGAAGGGGGAUGAACCCAAGGCGGGCAUGGAGUCCGGCAGGCCCUCAGCCAUGGAACAGGCCAUGUGGUACAGACAGGAGCCUGACUCGCGGCCGUGGCCUUACCUCUACCCCAGCAAAUUCCCCGAGGCCCAGAAACCACAGGACGUGGAGCGCCACAGGGAAAGAGACAGAGACCGAGGAGAGCGGGACAGAGACCGAAAGGGCAAGGAGGGCAGGGACGAGAGGGCUCGGCCCAAAGACCCCACCCCGAAGGAGGAGAGCAAAGAGGGGGUUGAGCCCCGGUUGUCUUUGGCCUUGGAGGAACACCGGGGGGUGGGAAAGGACCCAAGGGCCACCGCUGGCCACAUGCAGUUCUCCUCUCCCAUGGCCCAGCACCAAGGCUACAUGCCUUACAUGCAUGGAGCCUACGCUUACGGCCAGGGGUAUGACCCCAGCCACCCGGGCUACCGUGGGAUGCCAUCAGUCAUGAUGCAGAACUACCCUGGGUCCUACUACUCAUUCUCCCCCUAUGGCAGUAAGAUGGGGCCGGGCGAGGAAGGCGGCGAGAAGGCAGCGCGCGCCAGCCCCACGGUCAGUGGCAAGUCGUCCUCCGAGGCCAAGGCCCUGGACAUCCUUCAGCAGCACGCCAGCCAGUACAAGAGCAAGUCGCCCACGGUUGGCGACAAGACCUCCUCGCAUGAAAGGGAACGGGAGCGCGCUGUGGCCGAGCGCGAGCGAGACUUGGACCGGCCGCGUUCCUCUCCCUCACAGCGCAUCAUGCCUUCCCAUCACCACCUGGGCUACCCACUGCUCUCGGGGCAGUACGACCUGUCCUACGCCACAGGUCUCUCUUCAUCAGCCAUAGUUGCCAGUCAACAAGCCUCCUCCCCCUCCAUGUACCCCCCUGCACGGAGAUGAGAAUGGGAGACCUGAUUGGCUGACCUCGACCUUGCUUGGAGCCAUGUGACUGGAUCACACGAAGAAGCCUGCUGCAGAGCUCAUUUUAAGACAUCAGUUCAAUGGUGUUUGGUGUUUUUUUUUUUGGUUUCUGCCUGGUUGUUCCGGCUGUUCUGCUUCCUCCUCCCUCCGCUAGUGGGAUAGCCACCUUACGGCAAGGCUUCCCGUGGCUGGGUUGAGGGCUCGCCGAGCCCCCUCCUCUGGCCGGCCAGUCACUCACGUGAUGGACUAAAAGGUCUGAGCGUUCUGAUGGAGUGAGGCCUUAUCACACGGACGGCCAUAUUGGAAGUGGAGGGUGCAGAUGGGACAGGGGGUCGAUCAGAAAUCACUACAUAGAGAUAUGGACCUAUAGGGCUGACCCUGAGACUUAGAGUAAUGGGUUGCAGCUUCACUUCUGGGUUGUUUCAUUCAUCCACCAGACUACCCACUGACCCGGAGGACAUUUUGAGACAUUCAUUGCAAUGGACCCAUUUUUUUACAUUCUGGUUCUUUUUUUUUGGGGGGGGGGUCGUUGUUUGGGCCAGAGGAGGGGUGACUGAAAGAGGAGCGACUGGUUUUCGUUGUCUCCAUCCCUCUCCACCACUCUGGGCUUUCUAUGCAAGCCGAAGCUGCUCUUCUCCUUAAUACUGACAGAGACAACCCUCCUCUUCCUCUGUUCAGUUUCAGGAGGAGAAUCAUUCAAGUUCACGCUCUGUUGAAUCUUUAGUUGUUUUGUGUGAAAAGUUAUCAAUCGCCUACGAGAGAGUCAAACAAUCAGUGUUCGUUGUUUUGUUGCUUUUUAUUUUUGUGCGUUGUUCGUUCCACAGCAUUAGUCUCGUCACUAUUCAUGUUUUUGUAUUAUUUUAGCAGUUUAUUUGAAUUGUUGGCUUGACGACCAUGUUUCCAUCUCACUCUGACCCAGUGGUAAAACAAACUCCUUUGGCUGUUUGUCCCUGUGUAGAACGCUACUGGCCUUUCUGUGGAGGCGGUGACAGCUGUCUCCUGGUUCCCUUUCCCAAAGGGUCAUCCAGUUUACAAAGUAGCUCCAAUGCAUCUGCUCCAGCUCCCAGCUGCUCAGCAAGGGCCCCGGCUUAAAGGGAGAGGACAUAUUUGUGCCUGGAGGUACUUUGGCUUAGAGAGAAGAGGAACGGAGAGGAGCAGAGAUGUACCAUCCUGGUGCUUUCCAAGCUGUGACCUGGCAGGUUGGACUAAUCAGAGGAGCUGCCUGGACUCUUCAGAUGCUGCCUCUAGUUCCAUCCAGCCGUCCAUCUUCACUGAGCACUGCAGAGGCUGGAGGGGGAGAGGGGUUCUCAGACAGGCAAGCAGACAGGCAGGCAGACAGGCAAGCAGGCAGACAGACAGGCAGACAGACAGGCAGACAGACAGGCAGGCAGGCAAGCAGACAGACAGACAGACAGA